CAAGCAACUUCCUGGGAUCUCUCAGGAUGCCGAAGAAAGCAGGGGUCCUCCAGCCUUGAAUGCCAACCAGAUUGCAGAUCUAGGCGAAUCCAGGAGCUUCAAAGAACAACUCACAAGGUCUUCGAGACCCUUGUAAUAGGUUUCUGCAGCCCUUUUGUGGCAGGGGAAGAGGAAGAUGGCCCCCCAAAGCCUGUGGCUGCUCCUGCUGUUGAGCUGCGCAGUCAGCACUGAAGUCCUGGGUGACAUCAUCAUGAGGCCCAGCUGUGCUGCUGGAUGGUUUUACUACAAGUCCAAUUGCUAUGGAUACUUCCGGAAGCUGAGGACCUGGUUUCAAGCUGAGUUUGAGUGUCAGUCGUAUAGACAUGGAGCCCACCUGGCAUCUCUCCAGAACGCAAAGGAAGCCAGCAUCAUCGCCAACUACAUAAGUGACUACCAAAAAACUAAGUCUGUAUGGAUUGGCCUGCAUGACCCACAAAAGGCUUCUUAAAAUGGAGGAGCAACGAUUGCAGCGCCCGCCAGCACUUCCUGUGCAAAUACCGAGUGUAGACCCAGAUCCAGGCCAUGCCCGCCCCACACAUGCCCCUGCCCUCCUCCCUCGUGCUUGCUGGCCGCAUUCAAUCCUCAUUUCAGACCAAACAUAGCACCUGAGGCUGCUCAGGCCCAAUUGCACUCACUCUUAUAGGCCUAUUAGUGUCAAAGACCGAAACCCUGGUGCGACAGUGGCUUCUAGCCGUAAGAGUCACCCUGGGACCCGUUUCCAUGGCACUAUGCCUUUUCCCUUCCCACCUCCAGCUGUCUCGAGGAGACUGGUGAAAUGGCCGGGUCUUGGGCCAUCAGGGGUAGAGGACUGGAGACAAGAGGACACUCGGGAACGAGCCCCCAGUUCCUUCAGCCUUUGCACCCCCUCUGCCCUUUCUCUAUUGCCCGCACCCUCCCGUUCUGACACCUGCUGGGUUUUCCCUUUGCCAUGGGGAAGGUUUACCAGCAGGUCCCUAUUAGGCUGACGUGGACCAUCGAUUCCAGGAGUAUCUUUUAAUAAACAGCUGUGUGCAUGGAA